CGAGCGUGGUCCAGCGGAGAUGCUCAGCCGCUCCCGAGGAGGGAUGGACGCGAGUCGGGACGGCUGGGCAGGACUCACCCUCCCUUCUCCUCCUCCUCCUCCUCCCCACUGGCCGAUGAGAUACCAGCCUCCUCCCAGCCCUGCCCAGAUUCAAUUCCCGGAAAGCAAGCGGACGUUGUCUCUCCAGAGCCUAGCCUUUCACCUCAGGUCGUUUCCCCAAGGUCGAAAUGGCUUAUCAGGGUAAACCUCUCUCCUUGCAGAUUGCUUCCCCGUCAACUUCCGCGCCUGCAGAUCCAAGUGACUUCUGGCCCCGUUUAUGCUGCAGCAGCUGCUCAGCAAUGCGAUGGGGCUGCCCUUCCUCGGGGUCUGCUUUGGGCUCGCUGCUUUAGCUCUUGCCCCAGUUUCGCAUUAUCUGGGAGUCUCCUGUAACAGGAAAGAAAGGGCAUAGCCCGUCUCAAGUCCUCCCUGCACGGGUCUGGACCGCUGGAAGGAGGAACGGGGAAAGGGUUUUUGUGCUUGGGGAGGGAGACAGAAGCAGGCAGUAGGAGCAGCUAUAGGGAGGGGCAGCUCUUGCACAGGACUCACUCUGCCUUUGCUGGGGGCAGACAGCCGGGUGCAUCUCUGCCUGGUGGCACUGCCUGCGGCACCGGCGAUGGCAGCAUGAGCCCCAUGGAACACUGCCAGUGUCCUCUCUGCCUCUGCUCCCGGUAUUUCUGAGCGUCGCAGCCAGGAGAAAGGCUGUCAGGAACAGCAGGGAGGGCGGCUCACGGGGCGCAGGCUUCCAGCCCCCAGUGCGGAAAACGGAGAGGUUUCUCCUGACCGCGAGUGGGACAGAACAGAAACAGGCUGAAAGUUUGGCUCUUCCUCCUCAGGCAUCCCUCUGCCGCCCCCCUGCAUCCUGCUCCCUCCGGGCACUCCCAGCACCCAAAGUAGCCGGGGGGCUGCGUGACCCCGGCUCCGAGUGGGCUGGGGGAGGCGCCGGGGGAGUGGCGGAAGCCGCUCCGGCGAGGCUGCUCUCGGCACAUCCUCCCCGUGUCCCGGGGAAAGUCCAGAGCCCUCAAGUCCCAGGUCGGGCUCAGCAGGAGCGGAGAGUUGAGGGGCGCCUCAGCCUGUGCCGGAGGACACGGAGCUGCCGCGGCACCGGUGCUCCCCAGCUCUGCCACCCGGGCGCGGCUGCCGCAGCGCCCCAUGGCCGCGGACGCUCUCUCCACGUGGCCCGGCAAUGGCACUCGGGCUCCUUGCCCCGUGGAUUCCGCCUUCGCCCAGCGGUUCCUGCCCGUCGUGUACCUGACCGUGAUCCCCCUGGGGCUGCUGGGGAACGGGCUGGGGCUGUGGCACCUCUGCACGGGGCCCCGAGAGAGUGCCCGCCAGCCCCUCAGCCUGCUGGUGGGCAACCUGGGGCUGGCUGACCUGCUCUACGUCAGCACACUGCCCUUCCUCGUCAGCUACUACCGCCAAGGCAGAGUGUGGAUCUUCGGGCAGCCCUGGUGCCGCCUCACCCGCAGCCUCUUCCACCUGAACCUCUACGCCAGCAUCGGCUUCCUCAGCUGCAUCAGCAUCCACCGCUACCUGGGCAUCGUGCACCCGCUGAAGGCGCGGGGCAGGUGCAGGGGUGCCGCCUCCUCCGUGUGGCUCAGCGUGACAGUGUGGCUGUGGGUCAUCGCACAGAUAGCUCCCGAUCUUGCCUUCAGCAAGACAGACGGCAACGGGACGCAGUGCCACGACACGACGGGGCAGGAGUACCUGGACGUUUACUUGCCCUACACCUUUGCUGUCACCGUGACUGGGUUUGUCAUCCCAUUCCUCAUCAUCAUCGGCUGCUACUGCCACGUGGUGUUCGUGCUCUGCAGGAAUGACAGCGUGGAUGCCAGCCUCAGGAGGAGAAGCAUCUUACUGGUGAUUCUCGUCAUGGUUCUCUUUGUCAUCUGCUUCCUCCCCUACCACAUCUUCAGAAACCUCAACUUGUUUUUUCGCUGGCGGCCACAAGAGUCCUGCACACAGGCUUCAAAGGACAUCUACGUUUCCUACCAGGUGACUCGGGGCCUGGCCAGCCUCAACAGUGCCCUCAACCCCCUGCUCUAUGUGAUCACCAGCAAAGACUGGAGGUCACGAAUGAGAACCAUCAGCCAAAGUGCCCGACAGUGUCUGAGGCCACCCUUCCGGGCCAAAACAUCUAGCCAGGCAGCUGAGAAGAAGAGGAACGACAUUCUUUGUAAGGGGGAGGCUUUUAAUGAGCUCUGAGGUACCUGGCACCCCUGCUUCUGCCACAUCAGCUUGUGCUUGGCACCUCCCUGGGGGCAGCCCCCACCUUGACAGCUGCUUUGCAGAGAUGGUGACAGCAGCAUCACGGGCUUUGUGCACACAAGGGACAGGCAGGACUGGCAGCAUCUGAGAGAAAACUGGGACCAGAUUCCAGAAGCAAAACAACCCAACCAUUUUGCCUACAGCCCGCCUGCAGAUGGAAAGAGAUGAUCACGUUUGCUCCAGUCCAAAGUAUUUCCCUCCACCCUCUGCUGCAGCAGCCUGAGCUGGUUGACAUCCCCUUGCUUCCCAGCUCCUCAGGGACUGAGGGAUAGAGGGAGUAACACCUUGCCACUCCUUCCUACUCUAUGUACAUGGGUUUGAGACAGCAUUCCCUCCUUCACCUGAGGAGAAAACAUCUGAGAGGACAAAUUUUUGCAGUGGAGGAAGAGCUUUGGGAAUGGGAGUAUUCAUUUAAAAAUCAGGUUUUAAGUACAUUACUAAGCUGUGACAGUUCCUGGGUGAUUGAGCUGUUUCAGGAUCUGUGGGAUCCUCUACUGCCCACCUCCUUUGCAGAAGAAAAAGACAUUUUUGGCAUCACACCCUCUCUUUUGGAAGAGCACAUAGCAGAAUUAACAAAUGGGCAUUUUAAAGUUUUUGGAGGUUAUUGGUUGGUUUUUUUUUUUAAAGGUUUCACCUUUAUUUUGGAAGGUGAAUGACUGCAGUAGCCUGAACUCCUGCUUUCAGCAGGAAAAUGCCAGGAGAGUUUGCAAAUCUUCGGGUGGGUGCUUGCAUCCUGCAUCCAGCUUUGAGAGGGCAUUAGAUAUGACUUGUAAAAAUUAGAUGUGCAAAUAAAAAGAGAAGCAGCACUGGCAUGAAGGCUUGUGAAGGCAGGAUGUGAUAGCGAGAUCUCUCAUCACCAGGGGUGACAGAUCUCUGCUGUUAAGCUGAGCAGAGGCUCCCAAGCAGUAUUUUAGUUUUUGAUCUCGGUGUUACCCACUACAACCAGCUCGAACACUUCAAUUCAAUAAUGUGAUUUGCAGCAGCAGCAGCUUUUGGAGCCCAGCUGAAGGAAGUGGACUGUGAGUUAAAAUCAGCCCUUUCUGGGAAAGCACUGGCCCAGGGACGGAUGUUGUGCUCUUUUCCUGACAUUUAUCUCUGUCAGCUGUUCCUCACCCAGACCCACCUUGGCUAGGCAGAGGAGGGUACACAGCUGGCUUUCAGUGCAGUUAAUAUGUCUGCAGUGCAAAUAAACACCUCGUGCUUUCA